UCUUACACCCCUCCCUCCUCUUAUAUAUAUAAUCUUAUACACCUUCCUUGUUCAUCAGGAAACGAACGAUUGAACUCCACAAAACCCUAAAAAGCUUCCGCAAACUCCAAUUUUCAGAUCAAUCUCUUCAAAUUACCAGUCAUGGCUUCCGAAGGUAAUCAGUUUGAUGCUGGCCAGUUUGAUUCGAAAAUGAACGAGCUGCUUUCAUCCGAUGGACAGGAUUUUUUUACAUCAUACGACGAGGUUUAUGAUAGUUUCGACGCCAUGGGUUUGCAAGAAAACCUAUUGAGGGGCAUUUAUGCAUACGGUUUCGAGAAACCGUCCGCAAUUCAACAAAGGGGAAUUGUCCCCUUCACCAAGGGUCUAGACGUAAUUCAACAAGCUCAAUCCGGAACCGGAAAAACCGCAACUUUUUGCUCCGGUAUUCUUCAACAACUCGACUACAAAACCGUCGAAUGCCAGGCCUUAGUUCUAGCCCCGACUCGUGAACUUGCACAACAAAUUGAAAAAGUUAUGCGAGCCCUUGGUGACUACCUCGGCGUUAAGGUACACGCUUGUGUUGGUGGGACCAGUGUUCGUGAGGACCAACGUAUACUCUCAGCUGGGGUCCACGUUGUUGUCGGUACACCUGGACGUGUGUUCGACAUGCUUAGGAGACAGUCGUUACGUUCCGACUACAUUAAAAUGUUCGUGUUGGAUGAGGCUGAUGAAAUGCUUUCAAGAGGUUUCAAGGAUCAGAUUUACGAUAUCUUCCAGCUAUUGCCAUCAAAGGUUCAGGUCGGAGUAUUUUCCGCAACAAUGCCACCCGAGGCACUCGAGAUCACAAGAAAAUUCAUGAACAAACCCGUAAGAAUUCUCGUAAAGCGUGAUGAACUCACGUUAGAAGGUAUCAAACAAUUCUACGUUAAUGUCGAAAAAGAGGAGUGGAAACUCGAAACCCUCUGCGACCUUUACGAAACCCUAGCAAUCACCCAAAGCGUGAUCUUCGUCAACACCCGCCGGAAAGUUGACUGGUUGACCGACAAAAUGAGAAGCCGUGACCACACCGUGUCAGCUACACACGGUGACAUGGACCAGAACACACGUGACAUCAUCAUGCGUGAGUUUCGGUCUGGGUCAUCGCGUGUGUUGAUCACAACCGAUCUUUUGGCGCGUGGAAUUGACGUACAGCAAGUUUCGCUUGUUAUCAAUUAUGAUUUACCGACUCAGCCGGAAAACUACCUUCACAGAAUUGGGCGUAGUGGUCGGUUUGGUAGAAAAGGUGUAGCGAUUAAUUUUGUGACGUUGGAUGAUGAGCGAAUGCUUGCGGAUAUUCAGAAGUUUUAUAAUGUGGUCGUUGAGGAACUGCCGUCAAAUGUCGCUGAUCUUAUAUAAACUCGAUUCGCCAAGAGAGGUUGGGGUCUGUAACCUUUCUUCCUUUUUGAUGUUUCUUGCUGUUCAAGUUAAUUUUUAGAGAGUUAUGUUUUAUCAGUUUAUGAGAUACAAGUUUAAUUGUUAGGUUUAUAUCUAGUGGACAAGGUGUAUUGAUUUACAUGAGGAUUUCAUAUCGUAUGUUUUGGGCUUAUUGUUAUCUACUAUUUUGGUUUUU